AUGAACAAGCUAGCAGUUGACCAGCUGCAAGAUACGAGCAAAUCUAAACCACGAAAGCUUAUUGUAUGCAUUGAUGGCACAUCAAAUCAAUUCUCAGAAAAGAAUACUCAUGUCGUUGAGCUCUACAGCCGCAUCGAGAAGGACGAGACCCAGCUCACGUAUUAUAACAGUGGGGUUGGAACGUAUGCCCGCCCCUUUUGGUGGUCCUUCGCGUACCAGAAACAGCAAAUCCUGAAUCAAAUUGACUUGGCGAUCGCAUGGAAAGUCGCUCAAAGUACAGACCAAAGCUUUCAGCAACUGACUCAAUUCAACAGGAACUUUGAAAAAGUCAUUCUUGGGGCGUAUCGCUGGCUCGCUGAUACGUAUAAACCGGGAGAUCAAAUAUUUUUGUUUGGAUUUUCAAGAGGAGCGUAUCAAGUCCGAACGCUUGCGGCCAUGAUUGAAGUGGUUGGACUCAUCUAUCCCGGCAACCAGGAGCAGAUCCCAUUCGCUUGGUCAAUUUAUUCCAAGGAAGAUCCUAGCGCGGCACAAUUCAAGGAAGCGUUUUGUCGACAGAAAGUUAGCUUAUACUUUGUUGGGGUAUGGGAUACGGUUGCAUCUGUGGGAAUCUUCCCGAGGAAGCCAUUCCCUCUUACCGAUAAGUGCAAACAUAUCACACAUUUCCGGCACGCGCUAGCGCUUGACGAACUCCGGGUCAAAUUCCUUCCCGAACAUAUUAAUGACGACUGCGCUUUGGAUGGGCGCACUUUGGAGGAAGUUUGUGGCGGAGGAAAUAAAGCAAACCCUACCUUGGAUCGAGGAGGAGAGCCACUAAAAUGGAUGAUGGAGGAAGCUCAUGAUUGUGGACUAUCCGUAAGAUUAGAUGAUGUUAAAAUCGGCAUGCCGCAUGCCAAGGUUACCAACUCUAUGAUAUGGAAAUGGCUCAUUCUGGAGAUUUUACCGCUGUCGUGGAAGCGGUAUCGCCCGAAUGGUGACUCGAAAGUUUCAAGAGGAUUUCACUUGAUGACUCCCCGCGAGGUGCUUCCUCGUCACUCAAUCCACUGGACGGUUGGAGCCAGCCUUAAACAGGGUAAUCGUAGUUCAGAAAUCCUGCAGAAGCCAUAUGCCCCCAAAGCAAUACCUAUAGACAAGGACGGUAACAAGGUUCGUUGGAAAACUAUGGAACUAAACCACCAAAAAGAAGGACUACCAAAAUGGGCGGAUAAUCACAAUUUUAUCCGCAUGAUUGAAAUACUCAAGAACGAGCCCGAAUCCGUUAACAGCGAUUGGUUUUCUAAUUUACACAGACAUGUGCUUUGGAACGCAGGUGGCAGACCAGAGACAAUAUGGGCGUAUGGGGGACCACAGUUUCUUCAGAGACUGUGCACAAAUUAUCCAAAAAAACCGGAAACCGUACAAAUCAUUCGCUCGAUCAUUGGAUUUAAUCCAAAGACAUCAUGGAACGCUGCUACAACGGCGCCUAAACCUGGGGUUAGAAUUACGACAGACAAUCAAGGCAAGAUGUCAGCAGAACGCUUGCGAAACAUGGUCAUACCCCGAAUCUGCCUCUUGUUAACGCAAUGGACUGAAGACCUUCCUGCACCCCAACCUGAGCCCCCAAAGUCAAGUCCUUGGUCCUGGGUUCUCAACCUUCUAGGGUUUCAAUCCACGGACACUAGCAAUACCAAUUCCGUUGAUGCUCAAUGGAAUUUGAUAUGGCUUCCAAAGGAGGAGCGAUCUAUUCUUCUAGCCCACACUGUUGUUGACCUUAUCUUAGACAUCGCAAACACAAAGCAUGUCGAAGUUGUGGAAGAGGCUAGUGCUAAGCUAGCUACAGUGAUUGGGAGGGUAAUGAACUACUUGACAAUCACCAAUUGUUUAAUUAGGAGCGCCGCAUCUUGGGGAAAAGAAAAGGCAGCUCUCUCAGAGUCUGUGAUGACUGCUAUAGAAGUUCUGUUCAAGUAUGAAGCAUCAAAAGAACUGUUUUACAUGGAUGGCAUAGGCAGUAAACUUGCACCAUUGAUUUGUGCUAAGAAAGUUUAUCCAAACCUAGCUCUUCAAGCCAUGCAUGCCGUAGCGCAGUUGUCCCGAGACUGUCCAAAGGGCCUAGCCAGGCUGGACCAGACCAUGCCAGAGCAGGUCCGGUUCGACUUGGCUGUGGUUUUAGUUGUUGCGGGAAGCUAUUCAUUGCACAAAUUCACUUCACCUCCUAAUUCACUUCUGGCAGACUUUUGCGGAAGGGAUAUCGCAGAUUCUCCGGUUAUUCAUAACCUACUUGAUGUGCUACGUGGUGACUACGAGAUCAAGGAGAUAGGGAUCAAGCAACUCCUUAUUGACGAAGCAUGUAUAACCCUGGGUGUUUUAUCUGAGCAUACUGGUUGCGGAAUGGAACUUAGUGGCAACGAUGCGUUUGAUACAUUGUUUGAUAUUCUCGAAGGCAAAGGACACGUCGACGGCAUAUUAUACAUUUUAAAAAACUUGGCACCUAUCUUUUCUGACCGGUUCUUGCCACCCCAAGUUGGUACUCUUGCCAGCCUAAUGACCCAGAACGCCAAUGCCACAUCAAUACUUGCCGACAUCGCAAACCAACCACUGGGAAACUUUGACAAGGAAUACUUUGAAGCGUACAAAGAGAAGGGGGUAGUGAGAACUUCUCUAGAGCUUCUAAACACUCCACAUGAGGCACAGAUUAUAGCGGCUGCGCGCUUACUUAGAAGUUUAAUCAAUGGAGAAGCUAGUUUGGAGAAACCAAUCUCCGAAUCGGCGGAAAGAUAUGUGGAUCUUUCCGAAGUAGCUCAGCCCCUCUUUGCUUCUUUGCAAGUGCAGUUUUGCUCUCAAAAGGCGAUUAAUGAGCUGCUGGCAACAGCCGUGAGGAUCGCUUUUCAAGAAUCAAUCUCGGAUGACGAUCUUUCAGUCUUGACCUCCUUAGCUGUUGCAGGCAAUAAGGGAGCAUGCCUGCCGGUGUUGGUUGCGUCCCUGAAUAUCGAGACCCGCCGAGAGAACAUAGAGAAUUAUGUUCCAGUUUUAGUGGAUUUAAUUGCACCAGAAAACGAGCAACUCCUCCAAGACUCGUUAGAAGUGCUCAUAGCUCUUGUAGAAAAAGGGUACUUGUUACCGACCACUUACAUAGGAAGACUACUCGAUGGAUUAGUGAGUAUUGUACUAUCCGGAUAUGCGGGGGCUUUUGGUGACUCAGGCAAACUUAGUUGGUGGGUCCAAAAGGCCAUUGUUGUUGCAGCUUUUAGAUCAGUCAAGGCCCUAUCCGUCGAUUCCACGGCCCGGAGUUACAUAGCUACGACCGGACUCUUGGAGUCUGUCAUGUUAGAGACCAGGAAACACACUUAUGAUAAUGAGAGUGAAGAAGCGAUGUUGAAUCACCUGUGUCAAUAUGACGAACUUCGUGCCAAAAUUGCACUUCUACGCCUAGAGAAAAGGCAGCGUGAAACUGAGCUUCAACUUGAAACCACGGGCGUACACCAAGACGGCCUCGAAGAUAUUCUGGCAUGGCAGGCUGAUCCUGCAUCGGACGACUUACAACCAGAGUGGGCUGACCCCGAACCAACCAGUUUCAUAGAAGCACCUAGAUCAGCUGCAUCCACACCAGAAUCUAUCGAAUACUUACAGUGGCGAUUACAACAUCUAGGACAAGACGAUCCAUUAUAUCAACAAGUUGUUACAGCCCUAGAUAAUUAUCAACUUACUUUUGAGCUACCUCGAUCACAAGGACUUGAACUCGACUUGCAAACGUGGGCUGAGAGACAAAUAAUAUUAGUCGAAUUAUCAAUACGAGAUAACCUACUACUUUUCGACAAACUACCACUUGAGUACCCGCCGACGCCGCCUGCAUCAAAUUUUCCCUUCAAAGUAUACGCACCCGAACUACCAAUCAACAUGUCCACAACAACACUAUCCGACAAUCACUAUAAAUUUCCGAGUCUGAAAGGAAGAGAAAACUAUCAUACAUGGAAGAUACAAAUGCAAGACAUGCUCGAAGAAUUUGAACUAUGGGAAAUUGUAAACGGAACAAAAACUAGACCUACCACUGCCGUCACAACCCCCGGAGGUUCUCAAAUGAGCACAUCCCAAUUAACCACGUCCCAAGAAAGUUUUGACAAGAAAAACCAACAAGCACUAGGAAUCAUACGCCGAAGAAUCGAAUCAGCACCCAUGACACACGUAGCUCAAUCAACAAACGCAAACGGAGCAUGGGAAUCACUUAAACAAAUGUAUGAAUCAAUCGGAACUGCAGCAAUGACUUUACUACGAAACAAAUUUACAAGCCUACGCAUGAACAAGGGCGAAGAUUUAGAACAACACAUGCAGAAAGCCAGACAAACAUACAACGAGUUGAACAUUGCACUCACUGCCAAAGGAAUCACACGCGUAAACAAAUUAGAGUUUAUACGACAAUUCUUAGCAUCACUACCCGAAUCCUGGUCAAUACUUGUAUUGGUAAUUGAACAAAACCCCGAAUCAAGCGACCCGGACGGCGUUCAAUUAAGUCAACGCAUAUCAUCAAGAUUAUUAACAGAAUGGCAUAGACGUAAAGCAAACGGACCAAAUAAAAAUACAUCGGCUUUUUGGAUCGGGAACAGAAACACAAACCAACCACCAAAAGACCGGCUUAACAUUAAAUGCCACAAUUGCGGCAUCACCGGACACAUUCAACGUGAAUGCCAAAAGCCCGGAGGAGGCGCUUACAAAGGCGGAAAUUCAAACAGAAUGACAAACAAUAACAACCCCCGCGGCACAUUCAGAGGAAGGGGAAAUUUCAGAGGCUGUCAAAGGGGAAAUCUCCAUAACAAUAACUCACAGAACCAAUCAAAUAAUAGUACGCAACAACACGCAAACCUAUCCGCGCAUACAUACGAUCCAGAAAUCGCAUUCGCUUUUUGUCGCCCUAUACAUUCUACACCUGCGUUAAUCGGACCACCACGCAAGCCAUACGGAUAUACAAUAAAUGAAUUAGACUCAAACAAUCGUAAAACCAUUUUAGAAAAGUUUGACCCCAAAGACACAAAGAUAAACGGUCAAACCAUUGCUCAAUACGGGUUUGCAAUGGACAACGCUUGGAUUAUUGACUCAGGAGCGUCAUGUCAUGUAACAAAUCAACGCAAACAUAUUACAAACUUCAAGGAAUUUUAUUCGUCAGUAAUCGGUAUUGGAGGACAAGCCGAAAUCGCAGGAAUGGGCAACGUAAUAUUAAAUCUAUCAACAUCAGAACCGCAACAGACAAACGGAAGAACCAAAUGGAACUCAACCGAGAAGAUAACACUACACAACGUAGCACUCGUACCAGACUCACCAGUAAACCUCAUAUCACUAUCAGCAUGGACCGACCAAUUUCCCAACAACCGAAUAAUCACCAAAAAAGAAUCAAUGUAUUUUGAAAGAAGAAAUAGAAAGAACAAAUGGGAGACAUACGCAAAAGCAAGAAAGAUUGGCGAACAAAAAACCGGGAACUCAUGGUAUCUCGUGGGAACUACAAACCCAAAACAAAAUGCAUACAUUGGCCGAUCAUUAGCCGAUUGGCACAUCAUUCUAGGACACACAGACCCACGAAAUAUUUUACGACUACGCGACGAGAAACUCGGAAGAAACCUUAAAAUUACUGGAACACUCAACACAAAUAGUCUGUCCAAUUGUAUAGGCUGUAUUAAAGGAAAGACAAGCGUCCGACCUUUCACAAAAGGACAAUCAGAACCCAUACAUAACAUCGGCAAUAUCAUAUACUCAGACGUAUGGGGACCAGCCUGUACAACAUCUCUCCAAGGUAACAAUUAUUUUAUUACAUUCAUUGACGCCUUUAGCCGCUUUACUUUUGUGUAUUUCAUGAAACACAAGUUGGAAGCAGUCGAAAAAUUCGUAAAUUUUGCACAAUUUAUACUAACACAGAAAUCGAUUGAAAUCAAGCGAAUUCAUUUUGACAACGGAAAAGAAAUGAUAAACAAAAGGCUACAAGAAUAUUGCGAUAAACGAGGGACUGAGAUAACAACAACAGCCCCGCACUCAUCUCAACAGAACGGACCGGCCAAACGGCAAAAUAGAACUUUCGUUGAAAGUGCAAGAUCCAUGAUACACGGUCACUCAAAUACUUGUGAUAUGCCGUUUCUAUGGCAGGAAGCCAUUGCAUACAAAUGCCUGCAAAAGAACAAUAUGCCCAUACUAAGAAACAGAAAAUGGAUAGUACCUCAAACACUCAUUUUUGGAAAACCCAUGGACAUGUUGUUCUUUCAACUGUUUGGUACGACAUGCCAUGUACUUAUCCAAGGAACUGGACAAGACAAACUCAGCUUGAAAACACGCACAGCAAUUUUUACCGGCAUUUCACGCAAUUCAGGGGGAGCAUGGCAAUACCUUGCACUCCCAAACCGUAGCAUACAAGAAUCAAGAAACGUCCGAUUCCCACGACAUUUACCCAACCCUGCAGCACCUUACGAUGCCCCACCCCUUGGGCACUCCUCCAAGAGGAAUUUAGAGGAAUUAGAAGACAAAUGGAUAGAAACCAAAGCGCCAAGUGAGGGGGAGAUGGGAAUCAAAAUCAAACAACAUACAAACAAGAACAAUAACAACGUUCACACGCAUACAUUGGACAAAAACAAAGAUUCCACUUGCCGCUCCAAAAACAAUCAAAACACAGACAAUAUAAAAGACAUUAACACAAACACAACCCCAACAACUGAAACAAUUCAAUUACCGUCUACCCCCAAACAGAAAUCUAAUAGUAUGCCUGCCACUCGAACAUCACCGCAUUCAUUGUCUGAACGUCCGUACCCCCGUCCGCACACUCCACCAGCACCAUCAAAGCCCGCAGUUCCCAGAUUCACGCGCAGUAGAGCAACAGCUAGUAACGUACCACAUACUUUUGAACAAUUAAAUAACUCAGGAAAAUUGGUACCACAAUCAACAACAAGAAACUUUGAAAGCAUAAACUGGAUAAAAGCAAUCAAAGAUUUACAGAAAAUCAUAGACAAAAACAUACGCAACCCCAACAAUAUAGAUCCAACCAACUUAUCAGAGUACGGCACAAACCCCAAUAUAGGAAACAUCCCACAUGAAGCAAUGUCAUCUCUGAAUAAUCAAUGGCUCUCACGAGCAGAUGAAUCACAUGAAUUCAACGAAUGGGCACAAGUAAACUAUACCAGUCUGUUGCAAUGGUUGCUCGACAAAUACUUAGAUGAACAAAACUCUCCCCGCUGGGAAGACGCAAUCCAAGACCCACUCUUUGGCGAUCUAUGGCUGGAAGGCGGACAAGCCAAAAUGAAGAGACUAAUAGACAAUGAUGUAUUUGACACCAUACUACGAGCUGAAGUACCAAGAGGACACAAAAUUCUGGGAUCGUGA